GGGCGGUUGCGAUCGGCUUUGCCGGUUCAGCCGCAUGCGGAGGCUUGCACGCGAAGCCAGCUGACCUUUCUUGCACCGUUCAUCGCAGUCACAUGCGCCAACGCGGUCAAUGUCCGGUCCCGCGAUACGUUUUGUGGCUUCCAAGUCCGCAAAGAACUGCACAGGAGUCAUUCAAUUGCUGUGUCAUGUCAAGCCUGGGGUUAGUGCGCACCGCGAAGGCAUCGCAGCGGUCUCUGAUGACCGCAUUGAGAUAUGCGUUGCCGCUCAACCGAAAGAAGGACAGGCGAACAGGGCGGUGAGGGAAGUCAUUGCUGAUGCGCUUCGAGUUGCCAAGUCUGAUGUUCAAGUUAUCAAAGGCAUGAAGAGUAGGGAAAAGACUGUAGCUGUUUGGACAAGCACAAAAGGCACAGCUGAAGAGGAAGUCAAUCGCAUCAGAGCAGUAUUGGAAGGCAAAGAAUAAAAGUCGAAGAAUCGUGUCAAGGCAUUACUAUUAUAUUACUUUUGUGCCCGGGUCAUUAAGGAGCGUCAUAUGUACAGCAUGGG